GAGAUGUUUCUUCUCCGUUGAUCAAUAAGAUUUUGAUUUCCUUACGGUGUUGCCAUGCACUAGAAAGACUGUAUUCUUAUUCAUGAUGCAUUCAUAACAACAAAUAUAAAAGGGGCGAGCUUGCAAAUAAGUUGAGAAUGAUGGCGUGUGUAUUCCUUACACGAUUGACUACUGUUAGUUUAAUUUUAUCUCAAUCCAUCAUUUUUCAACGUAACGGUAAAGUAGAAGCUGUAAUCACAGAAGAAAGUGGAUUCUGCAACAAGAUUUUUGCUGGCGCUGGUGGACAAAUUUUAAGUCCAGACUAUCCAGAAGAAUAUCCAGAUAAUUUAGGAUGCACUUGGGUUAUCAAAACUGAUGUAAACUUUAGAAUUAAGAUAACAUUUGAAGAGUUUCAACUCGAAGGUGCAGCAAAAUGCCUCGAUAAAUUAGUUGUAAACGAUGGAAUUCAGCAGAAUUCUCCACGUUUAGGUACCUUUUGCGGCACAGAGGCAAAGAAUAAAUAUUUAACAUCGUCUGGCAAUCAAAUGUUUAUGCAGUUUAUCACAGAUGCGAGCAUCGGAAAAAAAGGAAUAAAAAUAUUUUGGGAAGCUAUUCCAAAAGUUGCACUGACUACUCCUUCAGAAUCGGCUUUCAAAGAUCCUUGGAAAGGGAUGUCUGCCCCCAAACAAAUCAUAGAUUUUGAUUCAGGGUUAGCAAAUGGAACAGUCUGGGCUCUUGAUAAUAAUUAUGACAUCUUUUAUUUUGAUGGUAAAAACUGGGAUAUUCAGGGUGGCAAGUUAAAAUCAAUAUCUGUUGGUGAAUCUGGUAUCUUUGGACUUAAUCCAUCCAACAAUUCAAUUUAUUGGAGAGCGGGUGCAAGUUUUAGCAAUCCUGCUGGUGUGAAAUGGCAGAUGAUAUCAAAAAAUGCAAAAAAUAUCCAAAAAAUAGAAUCAGGAAACUCAGGUUAUAUUUAUGGAUUGGAUUCAAGCAAUGCAUUAUAUUAUACUCACAUACGUAAUAUCAAUCAAUUGGAUGAGAAUUGGCAGCUUAUGAAAACUGAUUUAAAAAAUGGUGGAACAAUGUCUGGCACGAUCAAAGAUAUAUCUUGUGGUUACUUUUCAUGUUGGGUUGUAAUGACGUCAGGAAUUAUUUAUGGAAUGAAGACUCCUUGGAAUCCUGAAAAAGCCAAAUGGACUAAAGACUCUGGUAACUAUGAGCAAAUAGUAUCUGGCUUCGGUGAUAAUAUCUGGACCCAAAAUUCCAAUGGAGAAAUAUUUCGAAAAAAAUUUGUGAGCAGUUUACGUCCUUUGGGGGCAGAAUGGAAAAAGCAAUCAGAAACAUUGUUUACAAAAAUAAAAGCUGGUUUUACUGGUGUUUUUGGGUUAACAAAAGAUGGCGAUCUUGCUUUUUAUAAAGAUGCUGUAUGUGGAAGAGUUCUUGAUGAAACUAGUGGUUCAGUUAAAAGUCCCAAUUACCCAUCCAAUUAUCCUCCAAACAAAUAUUGUCUUUGGGUCAUAAAACCCACUAAAAGUAACACAAUUAAUUUAAAUUUUCGAAGUCCAUUUGAAGUUAAAGAUAUUCCUUCAUGUGGAGACUACAUUACAACUUCAUACCCAGGAAUUAAAGAACCAAUUUUAGAAUGUGGGUCAACUGUAACAGAUAAAACAAUUGAUUCAGAUCAAGUUUGGAUUGAGUUUGUAUCGAAUGACAAUGAAGAGGCUGCAGGGUUUUCACUUGAUUAUGAUGCAUUUUAUCAAACUACAACUCCUAACCCACAAGUAUCAACAUCCACUACUCCUAUACCAUCUGACUGGUAUAUCAUUGUUCCUCAGACAUACUUUGGUAGAGAUGUUACUAUUAAGAAUAUAUUGCCAUCAGAUGAAAAUUCAGUAUACAUGCUUAGCACAGAUAACCGUGUGUUUUUCAGAACACCUUCUGGAACAUUAGAAUAUACAGGAAGACCAAUCAAAGCGUUAGCAGCGAGUCCAAAUGGUGUAUGGGCAUUAGAUACAGAUAACAAUCUUUUAUGGCGACAUAUUAAAAAUUAUUGGGUAGAAUUGAAGAAAAGUACUCCAUACGUUGAUGUUUUUGCUGGACCUAAUGGAAUCAUUUUAGUGCGUGAUGCUACUGGUAGUUUAUCAUACUGCGUCACAACAUCUGGAAAGACAGAUUGUAAAGAAAUACAAAAGUUGAAAAAUGUUGCAACAGUUACAUCAACCAAAAAAGGAUUUUGGGUUGUUGAUGACAACAGCCAAACAUAUUUUGUUGAUGUUAGGAAACAGCGUGAUUCUGCAGACUUUGUGUUUAAUGUAGAACCUGUCCCAACUUCUUUAAAAGACAUAGCUACAACCAGCACUGGGGAUGUCUGGGGCUUGCUACCUAAUGGAAGUUUAGUAUACCGUAAAGGUGUGACUGCGUUUAACCCUAGUGGUUUACCAUUGCAAUGGAAAGUUAUUAAUAUUGAGGGUGAUGAGUUAUAUCAUGGAUAUGAUAAUAUUUUUGUUAAAACGAAAGACGGAAAGGUGAUAACCCAACGAGAUAUAAGGAAGACACAAUCCAUCCCAGAUGGAUGGAAACAGCUAAAAACGUCUGUUAAUAAACCCUAUAAAGUUGAUUCUUAUCCAAAGGGUGAACGAUUAGAAGUAUGGGUACUAGGUGGUAACAAUGGAAAUAAGCCCUAUGCUGGUAUUUACAAUGGAGGAGAUAAUAUGGAAGUGAAGUUUGAGUUAAAAGGGAAUGUUAAACUUUCUGAUUUAUCCAUUGGAGAGUCUGGUGUAUGGGCAAUAGAUCUUGAUGGGCGAGCUAGAUAUUACGAUGAAACGACCAAAGAUUGGAUGGUGAUACCUAAAGAUGAUCGUGUGUGGAAGUCUAUUGAAUCUGCAUCUCCAUAUGGUACUGUGUUUGCCAUUGACAGUGCAACAAAUGAAUUAUACUUUCGUGAUGGUAUAGCACAGGGUAAUAGUUUAGGCAAUGAAUGGGUUGGAACUGGAGUGAACACUCUACAGAUUUCUAGUGGUCCAUACAUUACAUAUGCUGUCCUGGAUGAUGGUCAGUUAAGAUCUUUUAGUAUGCCUCCGAGUAAAUCAAAUCUUAAAACAUGGAUUAGUUCGUGGAAAAUCACUGAUAAGAACAUUGAAAACAAACUUUCAGUAGGUUUUGAUAGCUCCUUAGUAUAUCUUAAUUCUGAUAAUUUUUUGGUGCAACGUAAUCCACUGACAUUAAAUCAUGAAGAAGAUGACUCAAAAUGGAUAUGGCAAAUCAAUAAUAUCACACUGACUGAUGUUUCUGCCGGUCCCAUCAUUAUUGGAAUCUCUGCAGAUGAUCUUGUCAUUAAACCAGUUACAUCAUGCUACGGAUUUUACAAUAAAAUCACGGAAAAAACGCAUGCAAGAGCAAAAUUAAAUGGAAUAACACAUUGCACAUGGCUUGCAACAUCCGAAGCUGCAUCAUUUGAAGUUGAAGUUGAUGACAGAUAUAUGCCCAAAUCUGAUGAAUGUCUAAAAGGUUUCUUGUAUUAUUCAAGUAACCACCAAACUCCUUUGUUGGGUACCAUGGAGCAACAUUGUACAGAUACUGAAUUUGAAAAGAUUGUUAAUGGAAACCGUGUUUUUUAUCAAUUUUAUAACAGUAAUCCUUUAGCUAGUGAUGAAGUGAGCUUAGAGUUUAUACCAAAAGGAAAAAAAGUUGCAGGCUGCGGCGGAAAGGAAACUGGUGUAUCAGGUGUAAUAACAAGCCCUAACUACCCUGAGAAUUACAGGCAAAAUGCAGACUGUGAAUGGAUAAUAACUGUUGAGGAAGGAAAACAAAUUGAACUGACUGUGAAAGAUCUCGAUAUAGAAGUUGAUAAGAAUUGCAAGUAUGAUUUCCUAAACAUCGCAGAUGAAUCAACUAACAAACAACUUGCACAUUAUUGUGCAAAGUUACAAAAUGUUGUCCUCAAAAGUAGUGGCAAUAGCCUGAGAUUGCAUUUUAAAUCAGAUAGUUCCAAUGAAAGAAAAGGUUUUCAUAUUCUUUGGCAGGUUAUUGGAAACAGCACUGCAUCAUCGACAACAACAACAACAUCAAAGCCAAUUGUUACAACACCAUUUUCAGGUUGUGGUGGUAGUUUAACUGGCAACCAGGGUUCGCUUACAUCUCCAAACUGGCCAUCAAACUAUGAAAAUUCAUUAAAUUGUGAAUGGCUUAUAACAGCUGGUCCAGGAAAGAAAAUGAAAUUUAGGCUUAUAGAUAGUGACAUUGAACUAGAUAAUGGCUGUUUGUAUGAUUACCUUGAGGUUUUUGAUGGCGUACAAAGGGAUGCUAAACCUCUUGACAGAUUUUGUGGCAUCAAGAAGGACAUUACAAAAGAAGGAAGCAGUAACACAUUACGUGUUGUGUUCCGCUCUGAUUCAGUGGCAAAUAAAAAAGGGUUUAUUGCGGAAUGGAAAACGUCUGACGACAAUGUCUCUCCCAAUCUUCCUGAUGGAUGGAAAGUAUAUGUUCCAACAAGACCAGAAAUAAUAGACUCCAUAACAUCAAAUCCCUCAGGAAUUGUAUGGUUCAUAAAUAGAUUAAACGAAAAUCCUUAUGUUAUCAAUUCUCCCAGUGAUAUCAAAUUUAUAAGCGAUAAAAAAUUUCAUCAACUUUCUCUUGGACGUAAUGGUGCAUGGGCUGUAACUAAUGCAGAUCGCAAAGUAUUGUUCAUGGAUGCUGCAUCAAUAACAGAUCAAAAAACAGAAAACUGGAAAGAAGUAUCCACUCCUAGCGGGUUAAGAAACUCAAAACUUGUGUCAACAAUACUGAAUGUUUAUCUGAUUACAGAUAAUGGUGAAAUAUAUUUACAAGAUGGCAUUGGUAAACAAACUCCUUCUGGAACUCAAUGGCUGCCAUUUAAUCAAGGCAAAGACGUUGCUGAAAAUGCAUAUGGAGUUUAUGUUUUGAACGACAAUGGAGAACUUUACUUUAAGCCAUAUGGUGGAGACCAGUUUCGAAAAAUCAGUUCACCACCCUCUACCAAACCCAUCAAUAAAAUAUUUUCUGGAUUUGGUGGUACUAUGUUUGCUUUGGUUGGGGAUGAGUUGUUUGAAAGAAAAGGCAUUAACUUUAAUAACAAAUAUGGCACAAGAUGGCAGUCAACAGGGCUUAAAAAUGUGAAGGAUGUUACUGUGAAUAAUAAAGAAAUAUUAACUGUACUCAAUAACAAUGAAAUUGUGAGAUUGGAAGAUGCCGUAUGUGGAGGUGUACUGACAAGCCAAACAGGCUACAUCAGAUACCCCGAGUUCGAUGCUGGCUAUAAAGAAAAUAAACACUGCUUAUGGAUGAUUCAUGUUCCUGAAGCGAAACAACUUCGUAUUCGCCAAGUUCGAUUUAAUUUGGAAAGUACUGUGGGAUGUCAGAAAGACCGCGUUUCUAUAUUCUCAUACACCGGUAAUGGAGAGAAAUAUAAAUUAGAGAAAGUUAUUUGUGGCACAACAGGUCUGGAGGAAGUACUUUCUGUGGAUAAUAACAAAGUAUUUAUUGAAUUCAUCUCUGAUGAAAACAUCAACGCAAGAGGAUUUGCCAUCUCUUAUGCAUCAUACAAGGAUCCAGGAAAAGUUUCAACAACAGCAUCAACAACAACCACAGUAGUGAAAAAAGAAUGUGGCGGCACUUUCACUGCAUUAUCUGGGUUUAUUGCUUCACCAAACUACCCCAAAAACUACGAGAAUAACUUAUUAUGUAAUUACAAGAUACGAUUACCCGAGGGAAAAACCAUAGCAUUAUCCUUUCUUAAAUUUGAGCUGGAACCAGAUAAUUCUUGCCGAUAUGACUCAGUAAAAAUAUACGAAGUCAAUAAAAAUGGUGCGAAAGAACUUCAGGACACACAUUGUGGCGCGGCUGAUAUACCUGAUUAUGUGUCUAAGGGGAAUGCAAUUGACAUAGUGUUGAAAACUGAUGGUUCUACAUCAAGAGAAGGCUUCAGCAUACGGUAUAUAGAUUCUGAGAACUCUGGAAAAACUACUCCAAAGACAGAUUCUUUAUAUCCACCUGGUUGGAUAGAAAUAUCACCUACCGCUAAAACCUAUUUGAGCCUUGAUGCAAGUGUGGAAUCGCCAGAAGUUUGGGCAACCGAUUUAGAGGGUACUCCUCAGUAUUAUGAUUCAGAAAAGAAGGGAUGGGUUAAAGUUGAUAAACCGUCACAAAGUCUGCAACUUGCUGUUGGAAAAUAUGCUGUGUAUGCUGUUGACAAAAACAAUGACUUAUUCAUACGGUUUGAUGUGAGUCCAUCAAAUGUUGGUGGACAGUACUGGGGAAGAGUUCAUGCUAAUACAAAAAAAUUAGCUGAUAUCGAUUAUGGUGCCAAUGGAGAAAUAGUUGCUGUAACUACUGAUGGUGAGGUAGUCAGUCGUCUGGGCAUAUCUAGUAAUAAUCCUAUUGGAACUUCAUGGAAAACGUUGACAACAGGCUUUAAAUCAAUUUCAGUUGGAACAUAUGGCUAUUGGCUGCUCAACGACAAAGACGAAGUCUAUUUUGCAUCAUAUAUCCCAAGUUCAACGAUAUACAAUAAGUUGAAUGUUGUCCGUAUCAAUGGUAAAUUUAAAAAGGUUGUUGCUGGAUUUGGUGGUAAUGUUUGGGCUAUAGAUCGUGAUAAUAAGGUGUACAGAAGAGAAAAAGUGAACUUCUUAAAUCCAUCCGGUAUUCAAUGGGAGAAGAUUCAACAUGAUGGAAAGGAUCUUUUGUUGUUUGAAAUAAGCGCAGGCUAUGAUGCAUUCUAUGGAAUUACCCCUACUGGAAGAAUUUUACGAUACUCAGAUAGUUAUUGUGGUGGUAUAUUCACAUCCAAGGAAGGUACUAUAAAAUCUCCUUCAUUUCCAUUAUUCUACAAACCUCACAGCAACUGUUUGUAUAUUAUCUCUACCCCUGAUUAUGACCAACUCACAGUAAAAUUUUCAACUUUUGAUAUUGAGAAAUCUGAAAAUUGUUACAAGGAUUAUAUAUUACCUCCCUUGGAUGGUAAAUUCCCUUCAAAAUAUGGUGUUAAAAGAAGAUGUGGUGAUCAAAUGCACCCGAUGAUAUUUAAAGAUCGUGCUUGGAUAGAGUUUUUCUCCGAUGAUAGCGUGCAAAGGCAGGGAUUUGUUGCACAGUGGAAAGCAGAAAAAGUUGUCAGGACUACGACAACGACAACAACAACAACACCAAAACCUGUUAUUACGACACCAUAUGUUACAACUACACCAGCUGAUAGAUUUUACAGAAAAUGCGGAGGUUCAUUGUCUGGCACAGAGGGGACAAUAGUUCAUCCUAAUUACCCAAGACAGUACCAAAAUGGUAGAGAUUGUACGUACGUUAUUACUGCCGCGCCCAAUUAUAAAAUACGAGUAACGUUUGAGGAAGUGGAUUUGGAAAGGUCAGACCGUUGCAACUAUGAUUAUUUCGAAGUAAAAGACAGCCUGAAUAAUCAACGAAAGCGAUAUUGCGACCCUAAUGGAUAUGAUGAUUUUGUAUCAAGUUCACGUAGCCUUUUAAUGCGAUUUUAUACUGAUGAAUCUGGGAGAGGGAAAGGUUUUAAAGUGCGAUGGAGAGCGGUACCAGAGAAUAAUGUUGACACUACAACUACUGCUACAACCAUUGCAUUUUCCACUACCCAAUCAACUAAAAUCACAACUCCAUCUAAGAGAACAAUCGUGACGACGACAUCAACAAAAAGAGAAUGUGAGGAAGUAUAUCGAAGCUACAGUGGUUACAUGUACCAUCCAAGUUAUCCAAGGCCUUACAAAAAUAACAUCAAUUGUUUAUGGACAGUACAAGCACCAGAAAAGCAUCGGGUUCGACUUGAAUUUAAGUUUUUUAAAGUGGAGUAUGCUUUUGGUUGUCAAAAUGAUUAUGUUGCGAUAUAUGAUGGUCCAGAUGACAACUCACCAUUGAUUAGUCGAUCGUGUGGACACGAUUUACCAGAUUCUGUUGAAUCCACUGGAAAUACUAUUUCUGUUGUGAUGAAAACAAACGAUGAAGUUACAGACCAAGGAGCUGUGAUCUUAUACAAAAGAAUUGAAGAAGGCCAGUUGAUUUCCACAACACCUGCACCAGACAAAAAAUGCAAAUAUGAUGUCACAGGAAAAAGUGGAACAGUUACUCAUCCAAAUUAUCCUUCCAAAUACUCAGUUGAUAUUGACUGUUUUUGGACAAUCACUGUUAAUGAGAAUGCUAAAAUCCAACUUAAAUUUGAAGAAUUUGAACUGGAGAGUUCUGCAAGUUGCAGUUAUGAUUUCCUUAAAGUCCGUGAUGGUAGUACUGUUAAUGCAAAGGAGCUUGGUAAAUUUUGUGGAAGUAACAUUCCUGCUGCGAUCACGUCAUCUGGAAAUAAGAUAUUUCUCCGAUUCAGAUCAGAUGAUAGGCAAACUAGACGUGGCUUCAAGCUGACAUGGAAGGAGAUUGGUGGUCCAACAACAAAACCAACAACAACUACUCCAAAACCUUGUGUAAAAUACUUCACAACAUCAAAUGGUGAAAUAACCAGUCCAAAUUAUCCAAAUAAUUAUGACACUAACACCAAUUGUCAUUAUUACAUAACUGUUCCAGAAAACGAAAAGAUUCUUCUUACAUUCAAUGAAAUGGAUAUAGAGAACAGUCCAAGUUGUAAUUAUGACUUUAUAAGAGUUCGAGAUGGUGGCGAUGACACUGUUCCUAUACUUGGCAAAUAUUGUGGCAAAGUUGCACCUAAUCCAAAAAUGUCAACUGGUAAUAAGUUGUAUAUUCGUUUCCGUUCUGAUGAUCGUCAGACAAGGAAGGGAUUCAGAUUGUCAUGGAAUGCUGUGAAAGAUAUAAAAACAACUGUGACAACAACUAAGAAAACUGCUGAUUGUCGUUUCCAGAUGAAUGGUACUUCUGGUGAAAUUACCCAUCCCAACUAUCCAAAUAAAUACGACCCGAACAAAGAUUGCAAGUGGACCAUCACUGUACCGAAUGGCAAGAUUAUUAAAUUAACAUUUAAAGAAUUUGAAUUGGAGACAGGAGCAAGCUGCAGAUUUGACUAUCUUGAUGUGUAUGAUGGAAAAACACAACUAGACAAGAAAGUUGGUCGUUAUUGUGGCAGUGUUAUACCGCAAGAUCAAUACUCUUCUGAAAAUAACAUGUUUAUACAAUUUUACUCAGAUGAUCGCCAAGUAAGAAAUGGAUUCAAAAUUAAUUGGAGAGCUGUGGAUAAAGAAGUCGAAGAAUGUGGUGGUGUUUACACGCGAACACAGAGUACGAUAACUCAUGCAUCUUACCCUAAUAACUACAAAUCUAAUCAAGAUUGUACAUACACUAUAAAUGCUCCACCAGGAUAUAGAAUCGUGUUAUAUUUCCAAAGAUUUGGUUUGGAAAGAUCAACAAAUUGCGGAAAUGAUUAUCUUCUCAUCACUGAAGGAGCUGACAAUGAAAAAAGAACAAUUGGAAAAUAUUGUGGCUUCACUUCUCCACCUACUGUACGUAGCGAUAAAGGUGUUUUAACUUUAAGAUUUAAAAGUAAUGCUGAUAAAAAUGAUCAAGGAUUUAAAACAACCUACUUCUUUGAGUUGAUACGAGAUACAAAAACGACAACAACCGCUACUACAUCAACAACGAAAAUCACUACAAAGGAAACUACAGUAGUAACAACGCCUACGAAAACUACUCAUGAAGGAGGAAAAUGCGAAUAUACAAUCAGUGGAAAGAGUGGAGAGAUCACACAUCCAAACUAUCCAAACAAGUAUGCAGCAAAUAAAGAUUGUCGCUGGGUUAUUACAGCUCCACGUGACAAACUUGUUCAACUUUCCUUCAAAGAGUUCAACCUGGAAACAAGCUUAAGAUGCACGUAUGAUUUUCUUGACAUCUACGAUGGAGGCGCUUUAGGGGGCAAGAAAAUUGGUCAUUUUUGUGGCCAGAGUUUACCAGCGCCCAAAGUUUCAUCUGGGAACAAGAUUUUAAUAAGAUUUUAUUCAGAUGAUCGAGAAGUUCGAGAUGGUUUUAAAAUUUCCUGGAAAGCUGUUGACAAAACGAAACAAGAAUGUGGAGGAGUGUACACAUCCAGACAAGCAACAAUAACACAUUCUGCAUAUCCCACCAACUACAAAUCCAAUCAAGAUUGUACAUACACUAUAAAUGCUCCACCAGGAUAUAGAAUCGUGUUAUACUUUCAAAGAUUUGGUUUGGAAAGAUCAACAAAUUGCGGAAAUGAUUAUCUUCUUAUCACUGAAGGAGCUGAUAAUGAAAAAAGAACAAUUGGGAAAUAUUGUGGCUUCACUUCACCACCUACUGUACGUAGCGAUAAAGGUGUUCUAACUUUAAGAUUUAAAAGCAAUGCUGAUAGAAAUGAUCAAGGAUUUAAAACAACCUACUUCUUUGAGUUGAUACGAGAUACAAAAACGACAACAACCGCUACUACAUCAACAACGAAAAUCACUACAAAGGAAACUACAGUAGUAACAACGCCUACUAAAACUACUCCUGCAGAAUGCGAAUAUACAAUCAGUGGAAAGAGUGGAGAGAUCACACAUCCAAACUAUCCAAACAAGUAUGCAGCAAAUAAAGAUUGUCGCUGGGUUAUUACAGCUCCACGUGACAAACUUGUUCAACUUUCUUUCAAAGAAUUCAACCUGGAAACAAGCUUAAGAUGCACGUAUGAUUUUCUUGACAUCUACGAUGGAGGCGCUUUAGGGGACAAGAAGAUUGGUCAUUUUUGUGGUCAGAGUUUACCAGCGCCCAAAGUUUCAUCUGGGAACAAGAUUUUAAUAAGAUUCUAUUCAGACGAUCGAGAAGUUCGAGAUGGUUUCAAAAUAUCUUGGAAAGCUGUGGAUAAAACGAAGCAAGAAUGUGGAGGAGUCUACACAUCCAGACAAGCAACCAUAACACAUUUUGCAUAUCCCAACAAUUACCAAUCCAAUCAAGAUUGUACAUACACUAUUAAUGCUCCACCAGGAUAUAGAAUCGUGUUAUACUUCCAAAGAUUUGGUUUGGAAAGAUCAACAAAUUGUAGAAAUGAUUAUCUUCUCAUCACUGAAGGAGCUGACAAUGAAAAAAGAGCAAUUGGAAAAUAUUGUGGCUUCACUUCACCACCUACUUUACGUAGCGACAAAGGUGUUCUAACUUUAAGAUUUAAAAGUAAUGCUGAUAGAAAUGAUCAAGGAUUUAAGACAACCUACUUCUUUGAGUUGAUACGAGAUACAAAAACAACAACAACAACCGCAACAACAUUAAAGACUUCUACGACAAGAAAAACAUCAGUAACUAAUUCACCUGCACACCGAAGUUAUCAACAUCUAUCAAUGGAUACUGGAGAUUUUUCUCAUCCAGGUUACCCGGCAAAAUACAGAAACAACGUAGAUAGUACGUGGGAGAUUUCAGCAGAACCUGGUAAAACAAUCUUAUUACGUUUCAAUGCGUUUGCUCUCCAACCUGAUUCGAACUGUCAAUACGAUUAUGUGAAAGUUUAUGAUGGUGACGAAUUAACUGGACAACUGAUUGGAAAGUAUUGUAAUGCUAAACCAGGUGUAAUAAGAUCAACUGACAACACAUUGACUGUUGUGUUUCAUUCAGACGGUAGUGUUGUUGACACUGGCUUUUCAGCGUCAUGGUCGACCUCACAGAAAAAUCCUCCAGAAUUUGAUAUAUGUGAUAUAUCCAAACUCAACUUCGAUGGUUCACCGAUCAAAUUUUAUUCGCCAGGAUAUAAAAAUAAACAAAAUUAUCCGUCUGGUAAACGGUGUGUUUUGCAGCUCUCCACUGUUCCGGAUACCAUCUUUAAAAUAAAUCUGUUAGAUUUUGACAUGCAGUCACGUGACAAUAAGAAAUGUAGAGAUUUUUUAAAAAUUAUGGACGGAGAGAGAGAAACUUCGAGAGAAAUUGCUACAUUAUGUGGAAAAGAAAUGCACAAGAAUCCACUGCAUACCACCGGAAACAGGUUGUACAUGGAAUUUAAAUCGGAUGAAAAUGUUGAAGACACUGGAUUCCAAUUUGAACUAUCAACGGUUAAAAAUCGUACGAAUAUCGAUAAGAAUUACGCGCAGUCCAAUCAAUGCGGAGGACGUAUUUACGGUCACAGUGGAAAAGUUUUAAAUCCUGAAGUCGUAUCAACAUCAACUGAUUUUAUUUCUUGCGCCUGGAUAAUCGAGACACAACCUUCAUCCCGAAUGCAAGUUUCUUUCUCACAACUUGAUCUACCUGGCGACUGUAAGACGUCCUAUAUUCUCAUCAGAGAUGGAGAACACUCUGACUCGCCUGUGAUUGGUCGAUAUUGCGGCUUUCACACGGAUGUUGGCUUUUUCACCAAAUCCAAUAAGAUGUGGGUCGAGUAUAAGACACCGAAGAAUGACAUUGGUCGAUUUGUUUUGUACUGGUUUAAUAUUCCAUUUGGAGAUGAUAGCAGAUGUGGUGGAAGUGUUAGUGGAGAGAAGGGCCAUUUGACCAUCCCAGCAUCAGCUAGCUCAAACCGUAAUACAUUCUGCUUGUGGAACAUCAUGGUACCACGCUAUCAAAAGAUUUCAUUAAGAAUAGAAGACAUGCAACUGGGAGAGAACUGUGAGGACAAUUACGUUUUGGUCCGAGACGGUAUGACCUCAGAAGCGAAAAGUCUUGGGAAGUUUUGCACGCAGCAGCGUGACGUAGUUAUAACAUCAGUUGGAAACUCAAUGUGGGUGGAGAUGAGGUCUUCAUGCGCAACUAGUAAGUCCUUCAGAGCGUACUGGAGUGCGGUUGCAUCGGGUGAAUUUCCGGAUGACAAUAAACCGGUGCGAAAUAAAGCACCGGGUGUGGUGGUUGAUAACAAAAGAGUUGUGAGCGGAGCGGGUGUUCAUGCCACUCCAACUAAGGCUACGACAGCUGCACCAGCAACGGUAAUCACGAAAAAUUCACAAUCGACACCAAAUAUUGAAAAUGCUGCUGGUCCUAUUAAUAUUACCGGACUAACCGGGAUGAUUCAAUCUCCACUUUUCCCGGAAAAGUAUCCACACGAUCGGACAAAGGUUUGGAUAAUCCGCGGACCGAGAGCCGGCAAAAUUCGCAUUCAUUUUAUGCACUUUGAUUUGGAGUACCAUAAUGAAUGCCGGUAUGACUUUGUCGAGGUACGGGAUGGGAACGACGCUAACGCGGAAAGUGUUGGACGAUUUUGCGGUAAAACGUUGCCUGCUUCAUUCGAAUCUAGUGGAAACGGAUUAUGGGUGAAGUUCCGAUCGGAUUCUUCAUCUCACGCGUCUGGAUUCAUGGCUAAGUGGAGUUGGGUGGAGUCCAGUAAAAACAAAAACACUGACUCUGAAAUAGUUACGAACGAAAAAAAGGAUACUGGUGAAGCUUCCUGCGGAGGAGUGUUUACUAAACAAACCGGACAAAUCAACUCUCCGUUGUAUCCGAAUACAUAUCCUUCAAAUGUAGAUUGUGUUUAUGUCAUUAAGCCGCCAAAAGCAAAGAAAAUUCGAUUAGAAUUUAUCUCAUUUGAUCUUGAAGCAGAUUCUAAAUGCAGAUUUGAUUAUUUGCUGAUAAGAGCUGGAAGCUCAGCUGGGGGUAAAAAGCUUGCUCGUCGCUGCAAAAGCAUCCUUCCGCAACCUUAUGUAUCAGAUCGAGGCGCGUUUUGGAUUCGCUUUAAGACCGACAGUACGACAAGCCGCACUGGUUUUUCAGCAACAUGGAGAGUGAUAGAUGAAAACGCACCAUAACUGCGUCCGAACCAACUUCACAGCGAUAGGUCCAAAUAUUUAUUUUGUAUGUAUAGUAGAAGCUUUUUUCCGUAUAGUAAAGCUAGAUGUAGUUUUAAAGGGUACGGUUUAUUUUGUAAGCAUUUUACCGUUAUGUCCCUUUAUUUCGCUGACUGAUUUUAUAUACCGCCCCUUAUUGGCGUUAUCUCUUCAUACUUUGAUGGUUAAACUCUCAUAUACUAUUAUCGCCUACACCUUGACAUAUAAAUUAACGCCAUUUUAAGGCAUCGAUAGAACAAACUAGGCAUGGCAAAUGCGAGAUAAUUUAUCAAAAAGUUUAGUCUAAAAAUUGUUAAAAAAUUAAGACUAUCGCUCAAGUUUUGGAAUUUUUGAUACAGCAUUAUUUUUUUUUUUAUUGAAACACAAAAUAAGAACAUUGGUUGAAUGAUGUGAUCCCAAAAAUAUUUAGGCUCGAAUCGAAUUUUUGAAGUUCUUAUAAAAAGCCAUGACAAUUAGUCUAAUUAUUUCGACGUACGUAUGGAAAUUAUCGUCAUGGCAACACGCUGGUCUUCAAUGUAUAAUGAAUGCUCUUUUUUACCCCCUUAUUUUUAUCAGCAAGCAUGUGUAGUUCAUAUAUAAAAAGGAACAAAUUUAUACAAACAUUUUUAAAAUUUUGUAGCUAUUACAGUAUUCUUUGCACGACUGUUAUUUUACUAUAUUCUUUACAAUUUCGUUCCCAGGGUUUCUUUUUUGCUCUGAUUCCAAGAUUGCAAUUUUUAGAAAUUUAUUUUUUAAUUUUUAUUUUUUCAUGUAUUUAUUCACUCUGUUUACUAUCUGAGUAUUAUAACAGUGUAAACGUACCCUUACAGCAAAUUGUAUUAAGGUUGAGUUUCCACUACAAACUUUUUAAAAGUCGUUCCUAUUAUUUCGGUGUGCUCCAAGAACGCACAUUUAUUGGAGAAGAAUUAUAUUUAUGUAGCUAACUUUUCCGUUGUAAUCUAGGUUAUUUUGAAAUUUAAACAAAUUUCUUGGACUAUUUUUCUUUUGUGUAUCUUUAGAUGUUAAAAUGCGUAAUUGUUAAUUUGCAAAAGUUUAAGGACGCAAAAUCUUA